UUAAAAAUCAGCUGUCAAGAUGACAUCAUUGCAAAAUACAGGAAAAUUUCGAUCAGAUAGAAAAAAUAAUAAAAAUGAUCAAAAGGAUAUCAAUCCUGAACCUGGUGAUGCUUCAGAAGAAAGCUCUGUAGGAAGAUUAAAUCAAAUUAAUGAAAAUAUAAGAGUGGAUGCUCUGUAUGGAUUUCACUCGGUUACUGAUACGAAAGAAAGAGUUGGAUUUCUAAUUAAUAUGCACACUACCGAAAUUAGAGAAGAUGACAAACGCUUGUUAAGUGGUAUUGAUUUCUAUUUCAUAGAGGAGGAUUGUACUAGAUUUAAAAUAUCUUUACCAUACAAUCCAUAUUUUUAUAUUUUAUGUCGUAAAGAUACUGCAGAAGAAGUUUCAACUUUCUUGUAUAAGAAAUACAAUGGUCGUGUUGUUAAAAUCGAAUCGAUUACUAAAGAAGAUUUAGACUUACCUAAUCAUUUAAUUGGUUUGAAGCAAAAGUAUUUAAAAAUAUAUUUUGAAAAUACAGUCGAUUUGACAAAAGUAAGGCGUGAAAUAAUGAGCGCUGUUAGAGUGAAUAAAGAAAGAGAAAAAAGUCGUACUCAUUACACGGAUAUGUUAUCCAAUGUUUUGAAUCCGACCGAAGAACAAAAAGGAAAACAGAUUAUAGAUCAUAUGGAAAAUAUUCUUGAUAUUAGGGAAUAUGACAUACCACAUCAUCAACGAGUAUCCACUGAUAUUGGUAUAUUCUGCGGUGCUUGGUAUUCUGUUAAAAGUAGAGGUUCUGAUCCAGCUAUUAUUACAAGAAGAAAUGAUAUUAUCGAACCUCCAGAUCCUAUUGUGUUAGCAUACGAUAUUGAAACAACAAAGCUUCCAUUAAAAUUUCCUGAUGCUAGCACAGAUCAAAUUAUGAUGAUAUCAUAUAUGAUAGAUGGACAAGGAUAUUUAAUAACAAAUAGGGAAAUCAUUUCAAAAGAUAUAGACGAUUUUGAAUAUACACCAAAACCAGAAUUUGAGGGUUUGUUUACAAUUUAUAAUGAACCUAAUGAAAAGGCAACGAUAAAAAAAUUUUUUGAUCAUAUCAUUGAUGUCAAACCACAUAUUUUUGUCACAUACAAUGGUGACUUUUUCGAUUGGCCUUUUGUGGAAGCAAGAGCGGCACUACAUAACAUGAUAAUGAAAGAUAAAAUUGGUUUUAUAAAAAAUCGUGAUGGAAUUUAUACUAGUAGACCAGCUAUGCAUAUGGAUUGUUUGUGCUGGGUAAGACGCGAUUCUUAUCUUCCUGUAGGAUCGCAAGGUUUAAAAGCUGUUACAAAAGCAAAGCUUCGAUACAAUCCAGUUGAAUUAGAUCCUGAAGAAAUGUGUAGAUUAGCAGUUGAAGACCCACAAACUUUAGCAAGUUAUUCUGUAUCCGAUGCAGUAGCAACUUAUUAUUUGUAUCUAAAAUAUGUGCAUCCAUUUAUAUUUGCGUUAUCAACUAUUAUUCCCUUAGAACCCGAUGAGGUGCUUAGAAAAGGCAGUGGAACUCUUUGUGAGUCUCUUCUUAUGGUAGAAGCCUUUAAAGCUAAUAUUAUAUUUCCUAACAAAGAAGAAGCAGAAUUGAAUAAGUUAACUAAGCAUGGUCAUGUGUUAGAUCAAGAAACAUAUGUAGGUGGUCAUGUAGAAGCAUUGGAAAGUGGAAUAUUUCGAGCAGAUAUUCCAUGCCAUUUUAAAAUAGUACCGAACAUGAUAAAUGAAUUAAUGGAUGGAGUUGAAAAUGCUUUAAAAUAUGCAAUUCAAGAAGAAGAAAAAGUACCAAUUGAUAUGGUAACUAAUUUUGAUGAUAUUGUAACAGAAAUUAAAAAAAAAUUACAAUCGCUAAAGGAUCCUCUUUUGAGACUCGAAAAUCCUGUAAUAUAUCAUUUGGAUGUUGGCGCGAUGUAUCCGAAUAUUAUUUUAACUAAUCGACUGCAGCCUUCUGCUAUGGUCAAUGAGUUUGUUUGUGCUGCAUGCGAUUAUAACAAACCUGGAGCUCUUUGCAAAAGAGAAAUGCAGUGGAUGUGGAGGGGAGAAUACUUGGCUGCUAACAUAGGUGAAUAUCAAAGAAUUCAACAACAACUUGAAACAGAAAAAUUUCCUUCAUUUUUUCCUGGAGGUCCACCAAGAGCAUUUCAUCAAUUGUCUAAAAAAGAACAAGCGGCUUUAAAGAAAAAGAGACUUACAGAAUAUUCUAAGAAAGUCUAUAAAAAGGCAAAAAUCACAAGUAUGGAAGAAAGAACUCAAGUAGUUUGUCAAAAAGAAAAUUCAUUUUACGUGGAUACAGUACGAGCAUUCAGAGACAGACGAUAUGAAUAUAAGGCAUUAAACAAAGCUGCUAAACAGCAAGUAGCAGCAGCUAUAGCACAAGGUGAUGCGGCUGAUAUUAAAUCUGCGAAAAACAGAGAAAUAGUAUAUGAUUCCUUACAGUUAGCUCAUAAAUGUAUUCUCAAUUCCUUCUAUGGUUAUGUCAUGAGAAAAGGAUCACGAUGGCAUAGUAUGGAAAUGGGUGGUAUCGUGUGCUAUACAGGAGCUCAUAUUAUUAUGAAAGCUAGAGAAAUCAUAGAACAAAUUGGUCGACCAUUAGAAUUAGACACGGAUGGUAUUUGGUGUGUUUUACCUGCAUCGUUCCCAGAUAAUGUGAUUGCUCAUACUACGCAUGAAAAGAAAAAGAAACUUACCAUUUCUUAUCCUAAUGCUAUUUUGAACUAUAUGGUUAAAGAAAAAUUUACCAAUGAUGUAUAUCAUGAUCUUGUGGAUCCUGAAUAUAUGAAAUACGAAAUAAGAAGCGAGAAUUCAAUCUUCUUUGAAGUUGAUGGACCAUAUUUAGCUAUGGUAUUACCUGCAGCAAAAGAAGAAGGAAAAAAGUUAAAGAAACGAUACGCAGUAUUUAAUUUUGAUGGUAGUUUAGCCGAGUUAAAAGGUUUUGAAGUCAAAAGAAGAGGCGAAUUGGAAUUAAUUAAAAACUUUCAAUCUUCCGUUUUUGAAUCAUUUUUGCAUGGUAAAACACUGGUGGAAUGUUAUGAGUCUGUCGCUAAAGUAGCCAACCAUUGGCUUGACAUUCUUUAUAGCAAAUGUGCGAAUAUACCUGAUGCGGAAUUGUAUGAACUUAUAACUGAAAACAAAUCUAUGUCACGUAAAUUAGAAGAAUAUGGACAGCAAAAGUCAAUAUCAAUUACAACUGCAAAAAGAUUGGCUGAAUUUUUAGGAGAUGAAAUGCUCAAGGAUGCAGGUUUAGCUUGUAAAUCUGUUAUAGCUAUAAAACCUGCUGGUGCACCUGUUACAGAAAGGGCUGUGCCUUUGGCAAUAUUCCAAGCAGAUCCAGCAGUGAAAAAACAUUAUUUAAGAAAAUGGUUAAAAGAUUCAAGUCUUCAAAAUGAUGAUAUACGACAGAUAUUGGAUUGGGGUUAUUACAUUGAAAGACUUGGAAGUACUAUACAAAAAAUUAUUACUAUACCAGCAGCUAUGCAAGGGCUUCCAAAUCCAGUUCCAAGAGUCCAACAUCCAGAUUGGUUACAUAAGAAAGUAAUGGAGAAGAACGCAACUCAUAAACAAAAACAGAUUACUGACUUUUUUAACAAACCAAGUACAUCUGGUUUUAAUAAUGAUAAUGAUGAUCAAAGCGGUAGCAGUACGGGCGUUGAAGAAGUUGACGACAUAGAAGAUCUAAUAGGUGGUAAAAAAAAUACUUUCAAGAUACCUGUCGCACGUGUUAUAAAAAGAAAAAGAAAAAAUAGCGAAGAAGAAGAAGAUAACAUUAGAAAUAAAAGUUGGAAAGAAGUAUUAGGUUCCCCGCCUCCUAAAGGAACAACAAAAGAGGAGUUUUUAAAAUGGCUGGAGUUUCACAAAAAGAAAUGGCAAUUCCAAGCUAAGCAAAGAGGACAACAUAAUAAGAAAAGAAGUAAAUUAAUAAAUAGUGACAACGAAUCUAGUUUUGGUGUAAUAAGAAAUCCUCAAUCUUCGACAACGUUAUCUGGUUUCUUACGACGUGCACAGAAACAAAUACUUCAGACUCCGUGGCAAAUUGUUGAAUUGACCCCAACAAAUGAACCUGGCAUGUUUAGAUUGUGGAUUAUGGUGGAGAAUGAUUUACGAACAGUACGUCUUGUGGUACCUCGUAUCUUUUAUGUUAAUAGUCGUGAAGCAAGACCUGAUCCUGGUCCAAAUCAAUUAUGGAGAAAUUGUUCGAGAAUUUUACCACGAUCGCGUAAAGUUUAUAAUCUUUAUCAAUAUUCAGUACCAGAAACCUUGUACCAACAACAUAAUCAAGGUUUAAUUACGGACUUAACUAAGCCAUAUAUUGAAGGAAUUUAUGAAACUCAAAUGUCAUUAGAAUUUCGAGCUAUACUUCAAUUAGGAUGUAUAUGUAUUGUGGAUCCCAAAUCAAUAAGAAAAAUACCUGAUGGAGCUGAUACAUUUUUAUUAGAACAAUUACAAUUUAAAAGUAUUGCUGUGCAACCAUAUCUUCAACAGUGGGAAUCAAUUAAUCAUAUAUUUUUAUACCAUCAUUGGAGUGCAAAUCGUCAAAGAUCAAUAUGGGGAUUAUUUUUAAGUGCAAGUAAACGUGUACAUAUAUUUGUCUUGGAUUCAGUUUCGUCUAAUCAAAUGCCAAACCUAAGUACAUUGUAUACGCAUGAGAGAGAAUCAAUGAUAGAAAAAAUUGGAGAAGACAAGGUAAAAAUAUUACCCGAUGGAAUGAAAUUUGUAGUCAAAGUAGAAACGAAUUUCCAACAAGUGUGCAGAGUAUUGCAAGCUGCAUUACAAGCAUAUAAAAAUGAAAAACAUGGUAAUACUAUUAUAAUCUUACAAACAGCGAUAGAUAGAACAACUUUAACUUCUGAAAUGCCUUUGCUUCAUGAAUUUCCAUUAAUUGAUACACAUGUACGCGAUGUUGAAAAUUUAUAUAACACAAUGGAAUGGCAAAAAUUGGGUGCCAAAAUGAUGAUUAGACAUUAUCUGAAAAUUCAACAAAUAUUAGAAUUAAUGAUAGAACAAUGCAGAUUUUUUCAUGUUCCUAUCGGAAACGUACCAGCCGAUCCAACUCUUUUUGGAGCAGAUUUAUUUUAUGCUAGACAUUUACAGAAGAAUAAUUUUGUAUUGUGGUGUUCUCCAACUGAGAAGCCUGAUCUUGGUGGUAACGAAAAUGACGACAGCAGACUAAUGAGUGCCUUUGAAGAAAUUACAAGUUGCAUUAUAAAUAAUCCAGCUACAUAUUCUAGUGUAUGCGUAGAAUUAGAUGUAGAAAGUCUUGCAGUGAACACUUUGUUGCAACAUCAUAAUGUUCAUGUUAUUGAUGGUACUAAUACAUUUGUUGCAUUCAGCAACAUACAAAAAGCAUCAUUGCAGGAAAUGGUAACAGGUGGUAAUCCAUCUGCCAUGAUUCCAAGUUACGAUGAAACUACGCUAUGUAGUCCAGCCUUUAAAAUAUUACAGAUUAUGGUAAACGCAUGGUUACGUGAUGUAACAAUUUAUAAAAAUAUCUUUGCUGAUUACCAAAUAAUACAUUUUUAUAGGUGGUUGCGUUCAACUAAUGCAUUGUUAUAUGAUCCUGCAUUACAUCGUACAUUAUGCAAUUAUAUGAGAAAAUUGUUUAUACAAUUGAUAGCUGCGUUUAAAAAUCUUGGUUGUAUCAUUGUAUUCGCUAAUUUUAGUAAGAUCGUUGUAUGCACGAAAAAAAGAACAUUAUCAGACGCAUUAGGAUAUGUAGAAUUUGUUGUUACUACCAUACGUGACAAGGAACUUUUUCAUAGCAUCGAAAUGACUUCUGAAAAAUGUUGGGAGUACUUAAUUUGGUUAGAUUUUUAUAAUUAUGCUGGCAUAAAAGGAAAGAUGCCAAAAAUUACUGAUGAAAGUACUAUGCAAACUGAUGAUAAUAAUCAUGUGGAAGAAAAUUGCACUCCAAGAAAUUCUAUUGCUGAUAACGAUAAUGAUAAUGACGCACCUGAAAUUGUAAUGAAUUGGAACUUAGCAUCUUAUUUACCUAAAGAAGUAGCUUGUCAAAGUACUUUUAAUGCAAUUAUUGCCGGAUACAUAAGUGCUAUUUAUCAACAUAUAUGUAAAAACGAAGAAACAUCUGAUACUCUUUUACACAGAAAAAAGAAAAGUGAUUAUAGUCAAGAUUUUACUGCACCACUUGGACUGGGAGCAUUGGAAAGUACAGCAGGUUUUGCUAAGAAACUUAUUUCAGGAGAAAUGUCGCAAAAACUCUUUCAGAUUGUACAGAAAAUAUAUAAAAAAAUGCCAGAGAAAGUAUUAACAUCUCGAGAAUAUCCUGAUUUAAAUUUGGAUGGAAAAGAUAGCAAAACGAUCAAUCCAGCACUUGAAUUAACAAAAUCUGUAUGCAAGGUUUUAUCUUUGGACAAAGAACUUGAGAACGAAGUAUACGAUUUGCAAACAAACUUAUUAAGAUUAAUAAGAGUAAAUAGUUUCAGUGACGAAGUUCAAUGGAAAGACCCGUGCAUAUCUUUGGUAUUACCUGAGAUUAUAUGCAAAGGAUGUAAUCAUACCAGGGAUAUUGAUCUUUGUAAAGACACUUAUGUUUACGUAGAAGAUAAUAAGUACAUGUGGAAAUGCCCUCUAUGCGAAACAAUUUACGAUAAUAAAGAAAUUGAAUUUUUAUUAAUAAAUACAUUCAAUCGCAAGAGUAUGGCAUACAUACUACAAGAUUUACAAUGCAGCAAAUGCCUUGAAAUUAAAAGAGGAAAUAUGGAUGAACGUUGCACUUGCGGUGGCGAUUAUAGAACAUUGGUGCAUGUAAAAGAAAUCGCGCAGUAUGCACAAAAAUGUAAGUCCAUAGCUAGUAAAUGUCAAAUGAGUAUUUUAGAAGAAAUGAUCAGUAGAACAGGACUCUUACCGAGCGAUGGCUAAUAUUUUAAAUAAGAUUUUUUUGGGUAUGUUUAUAAUACUAUAAUAAUAAAAAUUAUAAGA